ACUGGGACACUACCUUUCUGCUGACCUUAUUGCCAUGACUGGCAUCUGUGCUGGAGAAGAAAAAAGGUAUGAUGACAGCGAUCAAGGCAGCGUUGUUGUUGCUCAAAGAACAACAAUAGUCACUGGAGGAUCAGUGGAAGAAGAUGGACUACUUCGCAUUGAAGCAAGCUAUGAAGAAAUAGAUAGUCGAAUUACCGCAUCACUUGCCGAGCUUGUGGCGAGACCGGUUGAUGAUUGGAUGCAGUAUGUUCCUGAAGAAUCUCGACGUCCCAGUCCAAGGUAUGUCCGAGAGUUAAUUCUCAAUGCCGUCAAGAAUAGCGGCCCUGACGGUAUUACCAAGCGUGAUCUUUACAGUCAAAUGGUCAAACUUGGCCAACCAGGAAUGACCGAAAUGAACUAUAAGCAGGUCCUCGAUGAAACAAUAUUGAAUCAAUCUAGUUCAUGGCUAGUAUCUGGAGGAAAACAUCACAACAUUCUUACAAUUAUGGAUGACGGAGAGGCAUUCAUACAAGAUGCUGCCACGUUUCCUCGUCCAGAUCACUGCAGCAUUACAUUUAAGCCAAUAGGGACAAUAUCCUACGAGACCAAAAUUUUGGACCAAGAGAUGUCAAUGCUGAAGAACCGAAUGGGAAAUUGGGACCUGAAAGGAGUCGAUCAAGAGUCUCAUUACUUUAUGAAGCAAGCCAAAAGUCUCCAACAGUUUGGUUCUGGCUGUGCAGUCGUAAUAAAAGGAAUUUCUGAUUACGGAACGAGCAUUAGCAAACUCGACUACUACCAAACAAUGGCUGCAUCUACAUCAGCAGCAUUUUUACGCUAUUUUCUUGUCAAGAGCGACUCUUGGAGAAAGGAAACGAAUCCAACUCGCCGUACUCCUGCUCGAAAUACGGAUACAAAGAAAAAAGAUCUCUCUAGACGUACGCCAAACCCAGAUCCAGACCCGAAAUCCUAUUCCUGGUGCAGCAUCAUCUGACGUCGCCGAAUAGAACGUAUGUUGUCAGCUGAUGCGAUUAUAUAAUAUUGUUUUUACUAUAUAUGUAGUGACGCUGUUACUCUUAGCUUUUGUUUUUGCUGAGGCACUAUGGAAGAACUGUAUGUCUCAGGAUUUUAGUUUGAUUUUAAUUGUUGUAGUCGCUUCAUAAUUGCAAUUGUUGCUGUUGCUCGUACACAUUGUUUGCAGUUUAAUGGAUUCAUGUUAUAUACAAUUAAAG